AUGUCUACAAUUAAUCGGGAAGUGAACCUAGACAUCACAGAUGAGAGGACAGUUGAUGAGAGUUUGCAAGGCAACUACUGCUUUCUCUGCCUUGCUGAUCCUUUCAAAAUCGGGGAUUCCGUCGUCAAGUUUCGAUGUCGAUGCUCUUAUUGGGCUCACAAGGAAUGUUUCUCCCGUUAUAUCGGGGAGGCAUGUCCGACCUGCCGUGUACCUCUUACUUCUCUGGACCAAAAGUCGGCUCUGUUAGCUGCAGCCUCUCAAGGUGAUCUGGCCAAGGUCCGAGAAAUGCUCGACCAGGGGAUAUCUCAUUCACCGCGCGGAGGUUUUGAGGAAACUGCUCUUAUGAGAGCAGUUCAGGAAGGGCACCGGGAAGUGGCUGUUGCUCUACUGGACCAGGGCGCUUCAGUCUCCGACAAGGACAUCGCUGGCGCGACCCCCUUGCACCACGCGGUGGCUCGCGGACAAGACGAAAUGGUCAUCUUACUGUUAGACCGUGGAGCUAAUAUCUCUGCGGUAGACCGGAAACGCAGGUCUCCGCUACACUAUGCGAUUGAUCCAUGGCCUAAUCAGAAAGUGGUCCAGAUACUUUUGGACAGAGGGGCGCCAUGCUCGAUUCCGGACCAAGAUUGUCUCUCACCUCUUGAUUUAGCCAAAAAGGGAUGCCAUAAAGCCAUUGUGGAUCUGUUACAAAAUCGAGGGGCGAUGUCCGGGGCCCGUUUCAUGAUCCAAUGGAACAGUAACCACUCUGGAAAGGCCUUAGCUCCAGUUCCAGGACAAGACUGA